UCUUUACACUUGGAUCCAUGUGGUUAGACACUCUGAUUGCUCUUUCUGCUAUCAUUUUCAGGCUAUUGUGUUAGUUUGAUAUUAUAGGUUUGCAGCCAUGUCGAAGACCUCGGAGCAGCGCUCAUACCUGGUCCUGGAGAACUUUAUCGGCGGGAAGCUCGUCCCAUGUCGUAAUCACAUCGACUCCUAUGAUCCGUCCAUCGGAGAGGUCUACUGCAAGGUGCCUGACAGCGGCAAGGAGGAGGUGGAGGCGGCGGUGGCAGCAGCCAAAGAGGCUUUCCCCGGCUGGUCUGCCCGCAGCCCCGAGCAGCGAGCUCAGGUCCUCAACAAGCUGGCCGACCUGAUAGAUGCCAACCUGGAGGAGUUCGCCCGAGCUGAGUCCCGAGAUCAAGGUAAAACAGUAACAUUUGCUCGGACUGUGGAUAUUCCCCGAUCGGCGUACAACUUCCGCUUCUUUGCGUCAUCGCUGCUCCACCACACCACCGACUGCAGCCAGAUGGACCACAUGGGCUGCCUGAACUACACCAUCCGCUGCCCUGUGGGAGUCGCCGGUCUGAUCAGCCCCUGGAAUCUCCCCCUGUACCUGCUGACCUGGAAGAUUGCACCUGCAAUCGCUACGGGCAACACAGUGGUGGCGAAGCCCAGCGAGAUGACCUCUGUGACCGCCUGGAUGAUGUGCAAGUUGAUGCAGCAGGCUGGUGUUCCUCCAGGUGUGGUCAACAUCGUAUUUGGCACUGGCCCGAGAGCAGGUGACGCCCUCGUCGGCCAUCCUGACGUCCCACUGAUCUCCUUCACGGGCUCCACGGCAACUGCCCAGCACAUCACAGAGCGGAGCGCCCCCUACUGUAAGAAGCUCUCCCUAGAGCUGGGAGGUAAAAAUCCUGCGAUCAUUUUUGCUGACGCAGACCUGGACCAGUGCAUCCAGACCACGGUUCGCUCCAGCUUCUCCAAUCAGGGAGAAAUCUGUUUGUGCACCAGCAGGAUUUAUGUAGAGAGGAGUAUUUACACUGAGUUCCUGAAGAGAUUUGUGGCUGCAGCCAAGAAGUGGAAGACAGGCGUGCCCUCCGACCCUGGCAACAACAACGGAGCGCUCAUCAGCAAAGAGCACCUGGAGAAGGUGCGCAGCUUUGUAGCAUUGGCCAAAUCUGAAGGCGGCAUUGUGCACUGUGGCGAGGGGGUUGACCAGCUGGACCUCCCUGAGCCAAACACCAGCGGCUACUUCAUGCCGGCCACCGUCAUCUCAGGCCUCUCUGACAGCUCCCGUGUCAUGCAGGACGAGAUCUUCGGCCCCGUCACCUGCAUCAGCCCCUUCGACACAGAGGAUGAGGCCGUCUCCAAGGGCAACGGGGUACGUUAUGGUUUGGCGGCCACCGUGUGGUCCCGGGAUGUGGGGAAGGUUCACCGGGUGGCGAGGCAGAUACAGGCGGGUCUGGUGUGGAUCAACUGCUGGUUGGUGAGGGAUCUGAACCUGCCGUUUGGAGGGAUGAAGAACUCUGGCGUGGGGAGGGAGGGAGGGAAGGAUUCCUACCACUUCUUCACUGAGGUGAAGACCGUCACAAUCAAACACUGAAGGCGGAAGGGAAGAUGUUCUGAUUGGAGAAAAUUUUUUAGUUAAUCUUGACUUUCGUCAACCUCUGUCAGAAAUUUCAAUAAGCUUCAGCUCUCACCCUCUCAGAUUACUGGAGCCUGUAAUUAAGUUACAUUUAUAGAAUACAAAAAGUCACAGUGAAACAACACAGACGAAGCUAAAAGCAGAGAUUCAACAAGAUGUUAAGUGAAGAUGAAAAUAUCUCAGUACAGGAAUUAUUACUUUAACAUGAUAAAGUCCCAUUCAAUCUAAUCUAACAAUUCUUACUUAACUUUAUUUAAUUUAAAAUUAAUUUAAUUUUCAUAAAAUAUCAUACAUUUCAGGUAGUCUUUAUCAACAUCAAUCACAUUCACAUCCUUCAUCAGGGUGUUUGUCCACAUAGUGUUUUUCUUUGACUUAAAAGUGGUGACCGGGUUAACCAGUGCUUCAUGAGAAAUAGACAUAUAACUGCUUGGAUUAGAAAGUAGCUCAAGGAGCAGUGGUGAUAUCACCAGUGCCUCUCUGAAAAGUGAAUAGAUUUUUUCAGUUAAAAGUUCUCAGAGUGGCUGCAAAAAAAAAAACAAAACUUCCUGUCUAGGUUGUGCAAAAAAAAAACUAGGCAUGUCCCAUUUUGAUGUCAAAUAUUGGAGCACCAAAAAGAGCAAUGUAUUAAUCUGCCUGGAAGAUGUGCAGACAACGAAAAUACAAUCAGCGCGAUACAGUUCAUUCAGGUGACUCAGACACAAGCUGAACCAAAGCAACAAACACUGAGGAUACUCUCUUUAAGAGACAGAGACAUUCACACUAACUAAUGAUAACAGACAACGGUAUUACAGAGCUAUUUGUUUAUUCGUAUUGUCAAGCAUAGACCAUACAUUAGAUUGAUUUUAAUAACUUUAAUAACACCCAAAAAUGAAAAAUCAGUCAUUAUCUACUCAUCCUCAUGUCGAUGGAAAGUCGGGUUUGUUGAAAGUUUUAUAGUCCACCAAACACGGAGUUUCAUGGGGAAAAACCUGUUAUACUCAUCUCCCAAACAAUUGAUUCAAAUGGUGACCAGGAUUCAAAUGUUGAAAAAAAUGCAUAAUAAAACCACAAA